CCCACCAAUCACCAUGCUAGCCUCAGCCGGAAACGAUGAACCGGACUCGGUCGUGGUCGUGGAACAAGAUUCGGAAGCCGCCACUCCAAGAUGCUGACUAUAAUAUCCCACAUGAUGGAGAAGCUCGUCGCACAAAACGAGUGGUUGGCUAAGAGUUUGGAGCCGUUUUACGGCUUGAGAGCACCGAUCAUAAGUAUAGCGAAGUACCUUGAGAGGAUAUAUAAAUACACAAAAUGUAGCCCAGCGUGUUUCGUGGUCGGGCACUACACCAACGAGUUCUACGCUCGGGUUGCAGGUGUGAGCAACAGGGACUUGAACAAAAUGGAGUUGGAGCUUCUCUUCCUACUUGAAGGGUUACAGCUUUUGAGAGUUAUUCUUUUCACGAUCUAAAAAGAGAUGCUAUAAAACGGUGACACUCCAUCCCUCCAACAAGAGAGUCUCUGGCUGAAUA